CUUCACCUCCGGUUCACCGUCUCUCAAUUCACCCGCUCCUCCCAACAACUAAAUUUGUUGCUCCCACGAGAUCAGGCGGUGAUGAUGGGUACCGAAUCUCCGCCGUUGACGGAGGAAAUGGAGAGCCUCGCCCUCUCCGACGAUUCCACAGACGACGUCGCCGCUACUUCCUCCUCGCUGCCAUCGACCGAUUCCGGAAGAGCCUCCUCCGAUCCCCAUAACGCCGCCUCGACCGCUUCAUCCUCUAGAAGUUGGGUUGCCCGACGCGACGGCACCUCCCCCGGGACAGUCCACGCCGCCACAUCGGAUUACCUCACAAUCUCCGUGUCCGACCCGGAAAUGGUACAUGAGGCCGCGAACUCUCUUGUUACCGGUAGCACCACCUACGUCACCUACCUCAUCACCACUUGGAUCCGAGCCGACGCCUCCGAUGGUGACCCCACCGAGUUUACCGUCCGUCGACGGUUCCGCGACGUUGUCACGCUCGCCGCUCGGAUCUCGGAGGCGUUCCGGGGCUACUUUAUCCCGCAACGGCCGGACAAGGGAAUCGUGGAGAGCCAGAUGAUGCAGAAGCACGAGUUCGUCGAGCAGCGGCGGGCGGAGAUCGAGAAGUACCUGCGGAAGCUGGCGCAGCAUCCGGUGAUCGGAAGAAGCGACGAGCUUAGGGUUUUCUUGCUGGCGGAGGGGAAACUUCCGUUGCCGGCGAACACCGAUGUGGCGUCUAGGAUGCUUGAUGGGGCGGCGAGCCUGCCGAAGCAGCUCUUCGGGGAAAGGGCAGCUGGGCAAGUGGCGCCGGAAGGUGUGGUGCAGCCGGCGAAGGAAGGAAGGGACUUGCUGAGGAUUUUUAAGGAGCUGAAACAGACGAUGUCUAAUGAUUGGGGAGGGGUGAAGCCAUUGGUUGUGGAGGAGGAUAAGGAGUUCUUGGAGAGGAAGGAUAAGAUGCAGGACCUCCAGCAGCAGAUUAGUUCAACAUCACUGCAGGCUGAAGAAGUUGUGAAGGCACAACAAGAUAUUGGUGAGACAAUGGCAGAGCUUGGGAUGGCAUUUAUCAAGUUCACCAAGUUUGACACAGAGGAGAGUGCAUUCUUUUCUCAAAAGAUGCUAGCUGCUGAUGCCAAACGUGUAGCCACAGCUGCAGUAAAAGCAAGCAGGUUAUACGGGGAGCUAAAUGCCCUAACCAUAAAACAUCUGUCUACUUUGCAUGAAUAUCUUGGGGCUAUGUUAGCUGUUCAGAGCGGAUUCUCCGACAGGGCCAGUGCUCUAUUGACUGUACAAACACUUAUGUCAGAUUUGUCAUCUUUGCAUUCAAAGGUUGAGAAACUUGAAGCUGCAUCCUCAAAGAUUUUUGGUGGUGACCAAUCAAGACUCCAGAAAUUGGAAGAACUGAAGGGAAAAAUAAGAGUUACAGAGGACGCUAAAAGCUGUGCACUCAGAGAGUAUAAACGGAUAAAGGAUAACAACAGGACGGAGCUCAACCGACUAGAUAGAGAGAAGCAUGAUGAUUUUCUAAACAUGCUGAAAGGGUUUGUAACGAGCCAGGUGGGCCAUUGGGAGAAACUUGGGAAUGCGUGGGCACCCUUAGCGGAAGAAACAAGUUGUUAUGCAAGGCAAAGCUAAUAAUUCUCACUUUAUGUCUGUUGGUGGUUUUAGCGGUGCCCCUUCUCUUAAUUGCAAGUCUCGCCAUGCACACUGCACAGUUGGCUACCCAAUGCCACGUGUCAAGAAAAAUAUCUUUCCCUGCCAAACUGCUUUAUCACGGGCUAUAAUAUUUAGAUAUAUUAAUGAAAUGACCAAAAGGCCAUCCUGUAUAUAUAUAUAUAUAUAUUGAUGAUUAUUUUUAAAAUUAUUAAAUAGACGUUUCUGUUUUAAUUA